AUGGUGAAAACAGGGGGUUCAAGAUGGCGGCGGCAGCGUCGCUCGCGCGGGCGCCCGCCCCAAGAUGGCGGCGGGGCGGGCGGGCGAUGCCGGCGCCCGCCCCAAGAUGGCGGCGGGGCGGGCGGGCGAUGCCGGCGCCCGCCCCAAGAUGGCGGCGGGGCGGGCGGGCGGCGCGGGAGCCGCCAUGCCGCGGCGGCCGCGCUGCUCUGGCUGCUGCUGCCGGCGCUCGCGGCGCUGGAGCCGCUCAGCGUGGGCCUCGCCAUCGGCGCCGCCUCGGCGCUCACCGGCUUCCUCUCCUACCCCAGCUUCUACUGCAGCUACGUGGAGUGCUGCCCGGGCGAGGGGCAGCGCCUCAACGCCUCCGCGCUGCGGGCGCAGCUGGCGGCGCGGCUCUUCGGGCAGCACGUGGCCCGCGACGUGGCGCUGCGCGCGGCGGCGGGCGCGGCGCGGCGGCGCAGCCCCCGCAAGGCGCUCGUGCUCUCGCUGCACGGCUGGGGCGGCACGGGCAAGAACCUGCUGAGCCAGAUCGUGGCCGAGCAGCUGCACCCCGCCGGGCUGCGCAGCCGCUUCGUGCACCUCUUCGUGGCCACGCUGCACUUCCCGCACCGGCACCUCGUCAGGCUCUACCAGGAGCAACUGCAGAAAUGGAUCCAGGGCAAUGUCAGUGCCUGUCCCCACUCAGUCUUCAUUUUCGAUGAGAUGGACAAGUUGCACCCGGGCCUCAUUGAUGCCAUCAAGCCCUUCUUGGAUUAUUAUGAGCAGGUUAAUGGGGUGUCUUACAACAAAGCUGUCUUCAUCUUCCUCAGCAAUGCAGGUGCAAAUUUAAUCAAUCAAGUGGCUCUCGACUUCUGGAGGAGUGGGAGGCAGAGGGAAGAGAUUCAGCUGAAAGACUUGGAGUCAGUGCUUUCUGUAGGAGUCUUCAACAACAAGAAUAGUGGUCUGUGGCACAGCAGCCUCAUUGAGAAAAACCUCAUUGACUACUUUGUUCCYUUCCUGCCCCUGGAGCACAAGCACGUCAAGAUGUGCAUCAGGGCUGAAAUGCUGUCCCGGGGCCACCCCGUCGAUGAGAAGGUGGUUGAAGAGGUCAUAGAGGAGAUGACUUUCUUCCCCAAAGAGGAGAAAAUCUACUCGGAUAAAGGCUGCAAGACUGUACAGGCCAAGCUGAAUUUUCACUGGGACGCUGUGAUGAGAGACGCAAAGGCUGAGAGCUGAUGGGCCUUGGCUCUCCCAAGCACUUUCAGGGCUUUUUGCAAUUUGUACAUUUGCAUUUGAGCUUCUCACUGUUGCGAGGAGUAUGAUGAAAAGCUCAGAGUGAGCCAGGUGGGCCCUUUAUUUUAUUAUGUUUUCAAACUUGAAAGCCCCCUGCUCAUCUCUGAACUGGCAGACACCCAAAUGUUGCCUUCCCCCCUCCCUUCCCUCAGAAAUUUUUGGUGAGUGGAGUCUAUAUAACGCUGGACACAACCUCUCCUCUUUAUCCUCCUAAGUGCUGGGAUUAUUAAAUACUUCAUUUCCCUUCCACACAAAGUCUAGCCUGGAGCAAAGGAGCAAACCAAAGGAAUUCUUCCAGGCACCUGURGACUCCCUUCCUUGGAGGAAGAGGGUUUAGUUCAACGGCCAGUGAAGUCAAAGGUCUUGUGAUGGUUUUAGACCUACAACAGCAUCUGCAAGGGUAAAUUCCUUGAGGUAGCACCAGGAAGAAGCUGGCAUCCUCUUAAGAUUCCUGCCUCCUUAGAGCAGUUUGAUGCCACUGUGGUUCAUCCAGGCGAGUUAUUCAGGGACGGAGGGGCAGGAUUACACUGUUGUCUGACUGGCAUCACUCGCUGUCUCCUCCAGCCAUGCAGGAAGCCACCAUGAGCUCAGGGAUGUCUGUUACUGAACUGCAGGAAAGGGGAGAAUGCAGCUGUUUGCCCCCAUCAUCCUUCUGGAAUAGAAGAAAUGGUGAUUUUUUUAGAAAUAUUUUUCUAACUAGGGGGGCUGAGUGCAGUGGUGUGGGAAUUGGAGGAUGUUAAAACACACACUAGGCCAGUCUUACAGCUUGUCAGGCUGAUCUUCACCAGUCCCUCCCAGCUGCACCCCACAAUCCUGCUCUCCCCUUGCUGCAGGACAYGGGCAUGGCAGAGGACACUUUUUUAAUAGCUUAUUUUUUUACUGAAGUGUAAGCAGUAGGAAUACAGAGCCCUGCCAGGUUCUUGUAGAGAAAGGAGUCUGGCAAUUUGGAACAGAGCAACGUGCCCAUACCUUUAUCAUCCAUAUAUUUUUUUGACCAGAUAGCUUAGUCUAAGACAGAAGUGCCUCUCAUACACGUGGAUGGUAACGUGUCUUAAACUGACCCAAGGGAGAGGGCUCCUCCUGUGCUGCAGCAUCAACUCCCUYGUACUCCACUGUGCUUUAAAGGAUGCAAAACUUGGAGCUCUCACCACUGCUACGUUAAUGCAAACUGCAGCUGAGAACUUAAUGCUUAGGCUAGCCUAAAAGUGUCCGUUUUCUCUUACAGCCUCCUGUGGAGUUUGUCAGACA